GUCUGUUGACAAACGUGACCAUUGCAUAUCUGUUUCUCUGUCGGCAACUGGAAUAAAAUGUAAUUUCACAGGAUUUCAUCGACGUCGUGAGGCUACGGGUGGAUCCUUCAUGAAGCUGUGAUUACAGUAAGCACAUUUUGACCAUAUUUGAUGAGCUGCGGUUGGCUUGACUGAGCUAAUUUAUCAAGCGGAGAGUCAAGAUGCAGCCCAGUGCUAGCAGAGUUAGCAUGUAGCUACAUAGCUGAGGAGAUAAAGUUAGCUGGCUGGAUUUAUGUUGGCUGGAGCCGGUGACUGUUAUUCUUAAUCACUGACUGAGUGACUUUGAGUAUAAAAAGCAUGUUCGGGUAGAUAUGUGAAGAGUUAGCUCCUUAAAAGAGACGUUUUGCGUGUCGAGUUUGUGAUAAAACAUCAUUAGCAGAUGCGAGCUAGUGACUUAGCUAACGUGCAAAACAUCGAUUUGCAACUGAAAACUCAUGCUGUUUGCAUACUAUCUGACAAAUUUAUCUUAACAGUGAUAAACAUUGAUUAUUUUUCCAUAGUAUUUAUGAAGCUGUGUGUGUUUUUGUUCCCUUUAAAGCUGCUUUAACCCUCAUUAUCUGAAUGAUUGGGUUAACAGCUACAGGUCUGUUUAAAUAGCCUUUAGCAUCUGUCUGCAGACUCUGUCAUCAUACUUGAUAUUUACUCAGCCUGUCAGUCACAAAACAUCAUCUAUAGUAGAUUAAAAGCAUAAAAACAUGAUUAUAAUUCAGAGGGAGGGGUUUUCUCCUCAUUUCACAUGCUCUUCCUACCUGGUUAGAAACAUAUAAUCGUAUUUAUUGACUAAGUUUGGUUGAUUUUGAUGAUCAGGAGAGACUCCAGGUAACCUCGGUGUUAGGUCGGGUCCUGUUGCUUACAGAGGAAUGCCUGAGAGAAACCAGUUUGACCUGAUUUCCCCUGCGUCACAUGGGCUGGACUGUGGAGGUUUGGCUGAUCCUGCACCCUGACAGCAGACUCAGACCUCAAGCUGUGACCUGUUUAGUCUGAGAGGGACUUGGGCAUUUAAAAAGACAAACCAAGAGACUCGCCUGUCAGUCUGGUUUGUCGCUGACUGACUGAUUGUGUCUCCAUCUUUGUUUGGACAGCUUUCAAACAGUCACCUGACUUGGCUGGCCUGUCUGUCUGUGGAGGCCUAGCUUGUUGAAUUAACCUGAGUGGCUGUUCUCCUGCAGCCAUGGCCUACUAAUCCAGAGGAGCUGUAAAUAAUUCAAAGGGAAACGGAUUGUGCCGCCUCAUCCUGUAACUGGUUUUUAGACGUAUUCAUGCCUGUGAGCAUGUAUGUGCUGCAUUCACUGCUGCAGCGGUGGUCUGAAUCUGUUACUACACCUUUACAAGGAGUGGGAAUCACAGUGUAAGUCAUAGUUCAUGGUUCAUUGUAACAGUAUCUUCACUAAACAGGGAUUUUGUCAUUAUUGAUGAGCUGCACGACACACAUGUAACAUGCAGUAUUAGAGUGAGUCAUAAAGAAUUGAUACGGUAGGUCAAAUUGGAAGUAGGAAUUGAUCUAGAAAGCCUUAUUUGUGUUAAUUAUUAUUGUUGUUGAAGAUAUGUUUGGGCUAUUUUUGAUUUUUAUUGACAGGUCAGCUGAAGAGACACACACACACACAUAACACACACAGAGGGAGAGAGAGAGAGAGAGAGAGAGAGAGAGAGGAUGACUUGCAGCAAAUAAUAAAAGCCAGAGUCUUAUCUGUGAGGGCUACGUUACACUUACAUAUGCAUUAAUGGCAGAGGGGUUUUCUUGGCUUUCUUGCAUUGCGCGUCCUCUGCCGCGUGGCGCUGCUUCAUGUGGUGAAAAAGAUUUGAGGUAUUCUCCGACUUUGCGAGAACAUCUUCUCGACUUAAUUUGCAGUACACAUUACUCCGCUUAAUGUCUGACCUCAAAAAACCAAAAUACCUCCACACCACCGAUGUUUUCGUGCCAGUGUUGUCGACGAUGUCGUCAUCUGUUGAGCCUUCAUGGUCAUUUCUGUCGGGGGUAGCACUCAUUUUCUUUUUUUUUCACCAACAGUGCUGUUGGCUUCACCUGUUAAAGUAUUAUGGUUGCAUGUAGCUGCUGUCUGCUGCUAUGCUACUUGGUUCUAAGUCAGCACAUGAUUUUUGCUAUUCGUAUAGUCUACCAAAACAUGGCAGAAUGCCGACUAUUGAAAAGCAUAUUGACCAUGUUUUAUAUUGAUAUUGAGGGAGAUUCUAUAUCUUUAUUGUUUUAUCACCCAGCCCUAGUUCAGACUUACUAUACCUGUGUUAUAGGUAGAAAGUUCAAAUGAAUCUGAUGUGAUGAAGAAUAAGUCUAAACUGAGCGCGUUUGUGUUUCAGCUCGAAUCUGAAACCAUGCUGAAAUGGUUCUCCGGAGAGGAGGGGGAUCCCGGCUCCAUGGUGAGUAUCCAUGUGCUGAUUUUUUUUUUACUUAAACGGUCACAUUGUUGUGAUGGUCACUUGACAAAGAUUAGUGAGUCGCUUUUCCCACAAUGACGCAUCCACUCAGGGAACAGUCGUAUUUUUGUGUGAGUGACAUGUCCUAAAUCAUCAGGGUUUGGAAAAAAUGAAGAAAAAACAUGUCUGCUUCUGUUUGUUUUCAGUUUUUCACCCCAAAUUUAGUCACAUAAAAUGACACAGACUCUUCUCAUGGUUGGUUUAGUUUGAUCCUGCACAGCCUGUCUGUUAAAGCCACUUUACCGGCUGUAAGAAAACCCUGCAGUCAGGACGCAGACUGAUGGCAGAGCUUUCCAUAUAGACUGGAUUUAUUGAGACUGCUGAGCACAGAGCUUUGACUCAUACAAACAGGCUGCACACUUCCUGUGAGGGGGCACCACUGCUCCAGCUUAAUCCCUCUCUGCAGCCCCACCCUAUUUACUGCAUGUCUGACCCAGGGGCCAAUCACAGCCUGAGGUCUAUUUGAUCCGUUCCUCAGUCUCUACCUGAAGAUGUAUGACUUGUUUUGCCCUCAGGUGUCUGUCUAAAAUGUUGCUGCACAUACCACCACAUUCGUUUCAGCUCCAGGGGGUUUUAUUUGCUGUCUGGUCAGGAUGUGCAUUCCUUCAACCUCACAAACACAGUGAGAUUCUUCUCUGUGGUCACUGUCCCACCUCUAACCUGUCUCCCCCUCAUCCCAGGGCCCGGGCUCCCCCCGGGGUCCUGCUGCUGCUGCAGGAGGGGAGGUUGCUGUCGAAGAAAUGGCAGAGCGGCUCACUCAGACCGAGCUCCUCGUCAGUCAGCUGAAGGAGAUGAUCCGAGAGAAAGACGCAGCACUCCGCUCCAAAGAUGAGCAGCUCAAGGUCAGAUGAGUCUCCUUUAUUUCACAGAGUGUCUCUCCAUUAAACAGGUGUGCUGAUCUGUGGGGAAAAUAUGAACAGAGGAGAAACAACCACUCAAACAGCUCCUCCAAAGGGUCAUUUUAAGAGGUGUAGCAACAGAUUUUAUCCUCUAUGAUUUGUGAUUGGUGAUAUUGUACCAGCAAAACAGUGGGUUAGGAUUAAUUGUCUAAAAAUUGAUAGAUUGAUACAUAUCUUGUCAUUCAAUAUUUCAUGUUUCUAAAAAGACUCACUCUUGUUUGUCACUGAGAUUGUUCAAUAGAAAACCUGUUAAACUCCAAAGUCCAAAUCUACUGCACAGUAAAAAAACACAGGAAUGUGAGAUUAGAGUUCACGCAUACCAACACAGCCCGUCAUCAUCAUCACGCCCCUGGUCACUUAUCUCACUGCUUCAGGGCAGCGUCCUCUAAAAAGCUCCAAUAAAGAAACAGCUUUCAGACGAGGUCUAACCGAACACUGUGAUGAUGUUAUACUGAACAUACCAUCUGUGAUUCAGGUGGAGAAAGAAACAUGCGAGGCCAAACUGUCAAAGCUGCGUCUCCAGAACAAAGCGAAGGUGACCUCCCUCACCUCACAGCUGGAGGAGCUGAAGAAACAACAUGGGAGUCCGGGAACGCCGACACACGGCAAAAAGGUAAAACAAACAUCGAAGACAUAAAAAAAAAGAUUAAAUUCACUUCUGUUUUUAUUUAUCCUCAUUAUUCUGCAAGGGCUCUUAGUUUCUCGUGUAAAGUCACUGUGAAACACAUUACACUGCAGCAUGAACAUCCUCUUUGAGUCCUGUUCCCAGGACAUGAAGUGCUGUCUUCGUGUUUCUCUGCAGGGGUCAUCAGAGGGAGGAGGGGACCAGGCCAGUCGAGGGAAGAUCGUCCUGCUGAAGAAGAAGGUGGAGGAACUAGAACAGCAGCUCGCACACAAAGUGGAAGAUCUAGACAACAAGGUGAUGAACUUCAAGCUGAGUCAGGUUCAUUUGUUUUCCUGUGAGCUCAGAAUUAUGCAACUCAUUUAAAAUAAGAAAAGCCAAACAGAAUCAGUAAAACAGUCCUGCGGAGGAGUGAUCUGAUGUUCCCAAAGCUUGUUUUUUGGGAGUUUGCAGUCUGACUGAUGGAUAUGGGUUUGUCACUCUAGUGUUAUGAGUUAAAAUACAGAUCUUACAAGUGCUGGGCGAUAUGGCCUCAAAUCAAUAUCACAAUAUAUUGAUCAGUUCACCUCAAUAAUGAUAAAUGGACGAUAACUACUCCACAAGCUGCUCACCCCCUCCCACAUUAACUUCGUCUACUUCAGCCGCUCCAACUUUCUCUCCGUCCUCCAUCUCCUCACCUGUCUCUCCCUCUUUGUUACGGACUGGAUGGGAUGGAGUCACGUCUCUGAUGUAGGACAGCGUCUUAAAAGGACAUGAGACUAUAGCCAACUUUGAUUUAUUUGACACUGAAGAUACCAAUAUGGGCAAAAUUACGUCAGUUAUUGGUAUCAAUUUUGGUAUUGUUAAAUUUUCAGUUUAUCGCCCAGCCCUAGAUCUUACAUUUUGAUAUGUGCAUUUGUGCCAGAAGUGAUUACACUGCAGCCUCAACAGCCAUUUUGUCUAUUAUCUAGACCUCACUCUACAUGAUAUCAGGGCUCAGGUGUAGAAAAUACCUGUUUGGUUUAAAGUGUGGAGAUAUGGGUGCACUCAACACCAGGAAAUCCUUAUGAUACACAUGUUUGACCUCGAAUGACCUCUAAAGUCUAGUUUGUUUAGCCAGUGUGAGUGCUUUGUACAAAACCUUGGCCCUCUCAUGGUGAGACAGGUGGACUUCGUUUGUUUUGGUUUCACCCAAACUCCUCACAAGAGGACCUGAAGGGGGACAGUCCCACUUUGGCACAGUGGAGAGCAAGUGGGGCUGAUGAGAGUGUGCCUUCAGUCUGACUCACCGUUUCUGUUUAUGUCUCGGUGGACAAAUGGCAUGCUGUUGUGAUCAGGUGAUCCAGGAUCAGUUCUGCUUCAUGUCAGCACAGUUCAGUCCAAACACUCAGAAACAGCACUCAGGUUUUUAACUCCAUAAAUGAGGCACAAACUUCAGCUUCAAGUGUGAAUUGAUUAUUAUUUUGUCCUUUAAAAUCUUUGAGGUUAUUCCUGCUGUCAUUAAACUGUUAAAUCCUCUUCUAUCUUUUUAUCCUGCUUUGUGUUUCCUGUAAAGUGCUUACUUAGAUUUGUCUUGUUGAUAUUUGCAGUCCAACUUAACGUGCCCUGACAUUUCCCACUGCGGCAUGGUUCGUAUUAAAGCUGACUGAAGAGGACAGCUAUCAGUUUACAAAGCGAGAUGCUGUUAUUGAGUUUCUAAUGAGCGUCGGUGCGUCUUUGUUCCAGAUGAAAGAGGUGGAGUUUCAGCGGCAGCGAGGUGAAGAAAUGGACGCCAUGCUGACAGAGAAGGACAGGAAGCUGGCAGAAAAAGAGGCGUAUAUAGUUCACCUUCAAACGGCAUUAGCAGGAGAUCAACCGGUCGCACCUGCAGCACAGCAACAGGUCAUACUUUUUACUUUUCCACAACGUUUUGAGAUAAUUACAAAGGAAUAUAUUCCAGAAAGCAGAAAUGCUUGUUCAUCACUGGGCUGCACAUCUUCAGGUGACAGAGGACGGCGGGGCGAUGCAGGAGCUGCAGCUGUUGGUGCAGAGUCUGACCAGGAAGGUGGGGGAGUCGGAGGAGCGCUACAGUUUGCUGCAGGAGCAGGCGGAGAGCCUGAAGGAGCUGGUGGACUCUGAGAAGGAGCAGUACAGCCAGAAGGAGAGCAUGUACAAACAGAACGUAAGUCUGAGGGAGCCCAGGUCGAGUUUUCAAGUCAGUGCAGGCAGGGAUUAUUUUCCCCUCGAUUGAGUUUAAUUCACAGUCUUUUGUUUGGUAUUCUUAACAACCUUUGGUUCCUGUUAAUUUUAAGCUCAAUCUAGCCGACUUUGUCCCCAAAACGGACAUGUAGAAAAGUGUUCCAAAAAAACAAUUUUUUAAACAUUUUUAAUGAAAGUCUAUUGUCUGUUUUGCAGACAAAGUAGGGUGGAUGGAGCUAAAAUGCGACGACAGAGUUUUUCAGGCAACAAUUUUAUUUUUGUUUAAUACGAAGAAAAAGAAGAACUCUCAUCAAAUCUGAUGCCCCAAUCUUUAAAACUGUGACUGUCAGCUCAAAAUAAAAAUAAAAAAAAAAGACAAAAGUCCGCAAAACGGACAAAGAAGGAACCAAGGGUUAAUCACUCAAAACGCCAAAAUACACAGAAACCUUUGAUUAAACAAAAUUUAACCCCUCCCCUUUUCUGAAGAGCUCAUCACAUCGCCAUUCAAGGAUCCAAUCAGUUUGUUUGCAACAGAGUGGAAUCAGAUUUAAUGUCUCUUUCUUGUCUUUUGAAUCAAACAGGACCAUCUGUGAAAAGAUGAGAUACUUCUAGAAAAUCAAGAGUGUGCUUAAACUUGAUGUUGUUUGUUGUUCAUAUCUUUGUUUGUUUUUCAGAUCCAGACGUUCAAAGACAUCAUUAUUCAGAAAGAUAAUCAGCUGAUGGAGAUUAACCAGAUGCACGAGCAGGAGCUCUUCAAGCUCGCUGCAAAGUCUGAUGCCAGUGCAGACCUUGAGCAGGUAGUGACAGUGUUCAGUUAGUCAUUGAGAUUAUGUCGGGUGUCGUGUUUGUGUACUGUUGUCAAAUCCAUCUCUUUGUGUCGUUCUCAGCUGCUGAAGGCUCUGAAACAGAAGCUCCAUGAAAAAGAGGAGGUGCUUCUGGGUAAAACUCAGGUCAUCGAUGUUCUCCAGGGAGAGGUGGACGGCAGGGACCAACAGAUAAAGGUCAGAUGCAACAUUUCUCCAUGAUAGCAUCGUCUUCCUCCUGGUGUCUGUUCUGUUUAAAAGUUUCUGCUUCUUCUGAUUUCCAUCACAUGCUCACAUGUCCGGUCUCUCCUCUCCCCUCAGGAACUCACUGAGCGGCUGCGGCGGCUUCACGUAGAGCGAGAGAGCCUGGAAUCCAAGAUGGAGGCGGAGAAACACGUGAUGAGAGCGCAGCUUCGAGACCUGAUGGAGAAGCAGCGAGCGGAGGUGCAGCGACUGACGGAGCAGCAUCAGGCGCAGAUGGCCCAAACACAGCAGGAUCUCCUGGGGCAGCUGGAGGAGCUGAGGAGGGUCCAGACCACGGCGCCGGCUGUCGGUCAGGACGCCUCAGGAGGAGGAAACACGGCAGCAGAUUCAGUGUCAGCUGAAAGGGUCGCAGAACUGGAAGGUGGGUGAUACUUCGAGACUCGUGGCGAGUUAUUUGUCACAGUCUACCCUUGACUUUCCUGUCCUAAGAUUGAGUGAUUAUAGUGGAGUAAUAAUCAGGUUUAUAAAAUAAUGUGUCCUAUUUAUUUAUCGUCAAACCAGGCGCUACUUUUAUAGAAAUUGUUCUAACAUUUUAACUUGCGUUGAUAUCAAACUUUCUUCUCUUUUUUUGUUUUCAGCCCAAGUGAAGCAAAAAUCCGAAGAAGCCGGCAGAUCCGAGGCAAAGUUCCUAAAGAUUAAAGCCUGGUCUAAAACUCGGAUCAGACAGCUGGAGGAGGAGUUAAAGAAAAGCCAGGUGAUGAUGAUCCCGGAUUAUUUCAUGACUAUGAUAUAUCGUCGCUGUUUGAUGAAAAACCUGUAUCUCCAUUUUUAGCAAUAUCCUCAAUAGACAUUUUAUAACAUCAUCUUUUCAACAAGUGUCUCCGUUGGGUGUUGGAAGUGUCAACAAAGCAUGUAUGCCCUGUGUUGUUAUGUCUUUACGCUGUUACAGACUCAUUACAGUACAGGGAAGCGCUACAUUAAUGUCCUCCUCACAUCGACUGAUGCCGACCUCAAACUUUUUUCGAACCAUGACAGUGCUGUUUACCUGUACGUUAGAUUUCUUAAACUGUAGUUCAUCCCCAGAGGCAAAGCUGCUGCUAUUUUCUCUCUCACACUUGGUUGCCGAAAGUAGUGCAUGUUAAAUCUGGAGUCCUAUGUGGAAAUGUAUGUUGACAUAGUGAGACAUUAAAGGAACGAAGCUCUUAAAUAAUCGACCAUCAUUGGAGCACAUUAUUUAAAAAAGACAUGUAUAUCCAUAUCCACUAUCACUCACAACGCAAAGCACGUAAGUCAGUUUAAAAUAUCAAACAGGUCACUGAUGACUGUAAAUAUAGAUAUUCAUAUCAGGUCCUAAUUGUGUCUAAUUACAGUGUUUUGGGUUUAUUCUGUGAGGUAGUUUAUGAUUAAAAUUGUUGUUUAAUGUUCCUGAAAAAAAAAAAUGGAGAUUUGUGUUUUUUAUUGGACAGCAACGAUAUGAUAAAUCUGUCAUAUCAUAAAUGAUCAAUUUUGAAUGUCCUCUGAAAAGAAAUUCGUCUCAUUAUCUUCGUUAUCAGCGGUGCAGGUUAGCUCUUCAUUGUCUCAUUUUUGUCAUCGAGAAAAAAGGAUCAUCAAGAAAUGAUAUCAUCCUGAUCACUUUGACCACAUUGCUGACUUUUGUUUGUAACUGGACAUUAAAGUUUAUGUAUUUUACUUUCUAAAACUGAACAGACAGUCUCAGGAGUUGCAGUAAAGUGCAGAAAGAGUUUUCCUGAACAAAGUUGUGGCUGAAAAGUUGAAAAGAAAAGCUGAAUGUGAAAGAGUUUCUUUAAUUUGUCCUUUUAGGGCGGUGGCGCCCCUCCAGACUUGAACGCUCUGCGGAGUCAAAUAACAGCGCUGGAGGAGGAGAGGGAGGAGAACCUCUGGAAAGUGGAGCAAUAUCAGGAGCUCAAAGCUAAGAAUGGUACCCAAAUUAAAUCUGUAAUGAAUCCUUUAAAUUUAAGUUCAUGGUAGCUUUCGCGCCCUAAUCGACUUUGUCUUUGAUCCUCUCUGUCAGAAAUGCUGGAGGCGAAGCUGGUCGUGUACGAAGAGCAGCAGAGGACGCUACAAGCAGACCUGGAGCAGUUCACCAAGAGGGCUGCUUCUCAGGUACAAAAACCUCUCUUUACAAUCAACCGAACUUCUGAUUCUUUCCGGUCCGCUGUGCCUCAUCUGCCCCUCCUCAUCACAGACGAGCGAGUCGGGCAGCGCUGACGACACUCAGAGCCAGGUUCUGGAGUGGCAGGAGAUGGUCGCCGAGGCGGUCAGCGCCAGGGACCGGGCCAAGGAGGAGAAGGCUGCCAUGGCUCUCCGCAUCAGCCACAUGGAGGAGGAAAGAGAGGGUAAGGCUUUGACUGGAAGAUAAAACAAGCUCAUACAAGGAAGGAAGUGAUUUGGAGAAAUUGUUGGGUCCAGAAUUUAGCUCAAAGCGUGGUUCACACUCACGGCACACACACGAAGCGAAAAUGCGUCCAAGUCACCCCAAUGUGAUCUACACCCUUCCUUUAUCAUCACUCCAUCUUUGCAGAAAGAUAUUUUAGAUGUUUUUAACCUUCAGGCUCACAGUUCAGCUCCUACCGAUGCAAAUCAGGCUGCAGCUGUCUGUCUGCCUCACUUUGGUGCAGAGGAGGUCUAUAUUAAAGAAAAUCAACGCUCUGCUGAGGUGUAAUCGACUCAGGCAGGUCGAAACCUUCUGCAAAGACUUUUCCAAAAACAAAGUUCUCUCCUCUACGUCCCUUUAGGGGCUCCCCAGAUCCUUCCUCUGCCACUCCUCCUCAUAGUUCUUCCUUUUUCCCAUUUUCAGAGGAUUUUCUUAAUCUGGUAUCGGGUUCAAGGAUGCAAGGAGUGUAAAGCUUUAUUGAUUUUAUUGAUUGGUGCACAUUUUUGAUCAGGGAGAAUUAGUGACAUGUGAAAUAAAAAAAGAAGUCUUAAUUCAGUCCCAAAUACAAAAUAAGAAUAUCUUAAAAAAUCAUGAAAAAACAAACGUAUAAAGACUUUGAUCUUGUUUUAAAAUCUGAUUUAGUUUUUCCUGUAGUUUCAUUUUAAACCCCUAGUGCCCCCCCCCAUCACCUCCACCACCUCCAUGAUUUUCAAACAGAGACAGAUCUGAGUUUGUGUUUGACUGCUGACCACGUGUCCUCUGUUGUCUGACUCAACAUUACUUUCUUUUUCUUAAUUUCUCCCCCCCUUCCUCACCCUUGUUAUCGUUUGGAGCGUUUGGUCUCCCCCGUGGUGCCUCCCAUCUCAUGGACCUCCACCCCCACCCCACCCUCCCACCCUCCCUCUCCAGCCCCUGCUCCAGGGAUGGGAGCAGCCACACUGAACAGUUUCCCAUCAGUUUUGUGCAUGCAGGCUCCUCCAAACCUCCAGUGGCGCUCCUGCUCGCUGUACUUCCUGCAGCUCCCCCCUGAGUUGAACCUUUGUCGGGUCGAGCUGCAGGCAGUACAGUACCAGGCGGCACUUCAGGGUCUGCCAUUUUGUCCUCCUUUUCUUCCCCUCUCCUGUGUUGUUCCUCCUCCUUUCCAGUCCUUUCUUUUCUCCUGUCCUCCUGAGUUUUCUCUACUCUGAUUGAAAGUGUUUUUGGCCAGACUAAAACACUUUGGAGUAAUCCGCCUGUUUCUUUCCCUCCUCUCAGAUGUAAUCAAACAACUCUCUUAUUUUCUUUUCUGAUGGGAUGGCGAACUAGAACUAACCCGGGGAGAGGGACUAAUGUUUACCUGCUCACAAACAGGAACACUGAAACUUACUGUGCAGAAAGUGAAGAAGGAAGUAAAAAUAUUAAUUAUUCAGUCAUUAUGAUUACUUACAAUGUUCAUGAGAGCAUAAGAGAGCUUAAAGGGUAAUUCCGCUAUUUAUAGACCAGGACUGUAUUAUCAAAUCCUGUGUGGUUGAUGAAUACCCGCCAUACUUUAUGACUGAAAUUAGAUUUGUGCCAUUGUAAAAUAAUUUAAGGGGCGCUCGUGUGAAUAACAAAAAUGACGAGUGGGAGGCAGCGAUCUCUCAGUCUGAGUGUGCAGCCUUAAGAAAAACAAAACAAGUGUUUGAGAUCAUCGAUUUACUCCUGAGAAGAAUGAGUUAAGUUGUAAAAUCUGUCCUAACUUCAGAUAUUUUAGUUAUUUUGUCAAAUCAAAAAUACACUGACCGAACCUCUGUGGAGACACACAGGCUGACGGUCUCUUUACAUUGACAGACGCUGUGGAUUUGGAUUAGCUCUGUGUGCAGCUGACUGUUUAAUGACUUACUCAGUGAAGUGAAGGAGACUUUAAUGUACGAAGAGUGAGACCCUGGAGCUCAACAAAAAACUCACAGUGAUCAGUGUUUUUUUCUGAAUGAACACUCGAGUUUCCAGUUCUUUUAAAUUUACUAACAGAGACUGUAAUUCCCUCUUUUUCUUCUUCUUCUUGUUCCUUUUAUUCUUCUUUAUUUUAUUCCGUCAAACCAGUUUGAGUCAUUUUUGGUGAUUUGAUUCAGGUCGAGGGGAGCAAACGCACUAACCUGCUUUUCGUUUUCUGAAAAUAUUGUAAUUAAGACUUUUUAAAGUCAAAACUCUGAUUUACCUUCCAGAAUAAAAGCAUGCCUGCUUCUUAAUACAGCUAUUUACUGUAAAAAUGAUUAUCUUUAAAAACACAGUGAUGAUAAAAUUCACCAACGCUUGCUUCACUUCUGCUCUCUGUUUUUCUGCAGCAGCGCACAGCGUCUUUGGUUCUGUGUAACAGCUCCAUCAUAGUCAUUUAUAAAGUAAAAACUGGAGUGGGAGAAAGUUUGAAUUCAGGGAAACAAGCCUGUUAGGUUAAAAUGGACUUUACUAUGCACACUGGAAUAACUUAGUCAAAGUUACUGAAGUUACUCGAAUCACUGAAAAGACUCAUGAUGAGUUAUUUUGUCACAGAAUGAACCAAGUGGAAGAAAUUUGCAUUUCGUGAAACAGAGCUAAUGAGCUUAAGAUGGGUGAGGUUCUUAGAGUUGGUAUCCUAUGAGGGGAAGAGAGUUUUAGUUUUGUUGACAAUAGUCUUAAACUCAGAAGAACAGGAUUAGACAGGUCUUAUCCGUGAACAUACAGAACAGUCAGCUGAAGGAGGUGAAACCUGCAGAAAACAGUUUGACCUUUUUUAUCGUACCUGCCUCUCCUCCUCUUGUUCUUACACGCUGUGCUCUCUGUGGAUAAACAUUCGUCUCGCUCUUCUCUCCUUCAGAUCUGUGUCGUCCCACCUGAUCAGCUGCAUGAUCUAUCAGCUGUUAUAUUGAUUUUAUAUUUUACACAUAGGUAAAGUUUCUGCUUAGUCCUGCUGAUACACUGAACCCACACUGAUGCUGCUUAACCCCCUGAACUCCUUUCCUCUUUCUGCCUCACCCUCUGCUUUGAGCUGCCCCCCUCCCCACCUCCCACCUCCACCUCUAAAUCAGCCUGUUGGCACAAAACAGAUGGGAACAUGUUUUGUUCAGCCUGAUCAAUCUGGCCUCUCCCUGCUUGCAUCCUUUGCUGCUAAAUGAGAACUGAAAGAGAAAUUAAACCCCUGAAAGGACCCCUCAGAUCUGCACCUGCCCCGUGUUCCUCUAAAUAACGCUCUGGUCUCCCUGUCCCAGAGAGAAACCACGGUGACUCAUGAAAACGCGCCCUCUCCUUCCUCCCACAGCCACCUUUACUUCCCUUCUCCUCCGUGUUUGAAUGCUGUUGUCCUCUGCUGUGAAAAUUAGGUGUGCAUGGCUCUGACCAGAAUGUUGCUUUCCAGUGUUUCUCAGGUCCUCAUGCAGAUACCAAAGUCCAAACGUCUCUGUAGUUUUAGCCUCUCGAGCUGUCUCCACACUUGAUUCUCUCAGCCUGUCUCCGCUCUUCUCUCACAGUCUGUCUCUAUUGUUGUUCAAUGAAUCUGUUUCUGUGUUUUGAAGUCCAUUUUUUCGUGUUAGAAGUGCCUCAUCUUUUAUUUCAUCAAACCAUCAUCACCAUCUUCUCCAACACUCUCCAUCUUUCCAUCCUCACCAUCCUGUCCUCGAAAACUCUUCUUUCACGCCUCCAUCAUUCCUUCUUACCCAUUUCAAACCCCUCUCCCAUCCAUAAAAACAUCCUCAAUCCAACCAACCGCCCCCCCCUUUUCCCUGUGGCACAAAACUGAUUGAGGAUGACUGGUUCUUUCCUGGCUGCUCCGAUCCAGCACUGGCCUCUCGGCAGCAGGAGUUGGAGGAGGAGCUGGCUCAAACUCGGGGGCUCGGCCAGCACAGGGCCAAGAAGCUGUCGGCUCCGGCCCAGCGAAGCCUGCAGGUAGGUGGACACGAUGACGUCUCUGUGAUUGUACCGUGAUUAUAUCAGCGAAUUCUCUGACAGACAGCGAAUGAAACUUAACUCGUUUAGUGCCAGGUUCAUUUAUGCAAUUUUCACCCAGUGCCAUCAUUGACCGCAAUAGAAAUUUCUGUAUAUUUCAGGACCCGCAGAAUAUCUUGUGCUUGGACUAGAUUUAAGUGCAAUAUAUCAAAAGAAAGGAGUGAGUCUUUUCUUUCACCAGAAAACAAAAGUUAGUCUCUAACCCGCUCCUCUGUUUAAUUAUUGCCUGCUCAAUGCAGUGUGGUCAUUUCAUCUUUGCUGAUCUGGAAAAACACUUUUUUUCGAAGGAGAGACUUUGAAGCAGAACUCUGAUCGUCUGUUUCAUUUCACUUCAAACUACUUUACCGGUGGCAUCAAGGUCCUCCCUCCUCAGACACUGCUCCUCAUUACUAAGGAACGGUGGUAGUCAUGUCGGCUCUUGAGAACCUGACGCCGCGACGUAAACCACACGGACUGCUUGCGUCCUCCUCCCCGGAACUGUCACUGAAUUCUAACUAAGUCUGGCUCACCAGUACUGGCACCGGCGGCACAACGACACACCAGAAAAUCGUUCCUUUGAUUGUCUGCUGACAAUGUGAAGGUCUGGUACCGGGAUCUCCGCUGGAUUAGGAGACGGUAGCACCGCACCCAUGGGGACCGGUGCGCCAAGACCGUUUGCUCUUGGCUAACGACUUCGGCUUUUCCCACUCUCCUCAUAGAGAAAAAACACUCCACGGCUAGGCUAAUGGGCACACUUUUCACUGGCGAGUACUUGUUUUUUGUUAUUGUAACAUGGUUAUGGCGUAUUUGUCGGCUUUUCUCCGUUCAGAACAACCCCAAACUUAGUCGCAUGUUGUGGAGGAGCGCCCUCUGGUGGAAAACAAGAAAACUGAAUUUCGUCAAAAUUCGUCAUUGGCACUGAAUGAGUUAACAUUUUGAAUCCCUCAUUUAUCGUUGUCAGUAUUAUAUCAAAUGUGUCCAGAGGGUAAGUAUGGUCUGAAGUUACUGUGUCUCUCAUUAAAAAUAAUAAUAAUUAAAAAUAUAUAUAUAUUUAUAUGUAUUUACAGAAAGACACUUCUCUUUGUUUCUUUUCAAACUCCUUAAAAAUUUCACAUCUGCUUCAGCUUUGAGAUUCGAUGUUUGAAAAAAAAAAAACACCCACCCUGCUUUAUCUAAUCUAACCCCACCUACAGGAGGACUUUGAAUUCGACGGGCAGACCCCGUACCAGAACCCUCGGAGCCCCUCGGAGAGCACGACCCCGAUGGAGGGAGAGAACAUGGGAGGUUGGUGGCCCGAGUACAGUUCUCCUGACACAGGUGUGGAAGCCAUUAGACAGUUUACACCGGCAUGCACACGGUCAUCCGCACGUCACUUUGGGAGUCUUCAGUUGCCUUUUGGGUUUUUGAGUUUUCAUAGUUUCACCGUAAAGCUCCUGAACUUUUUGAUGGAGUGUUGGCUGUCGGUUUGUUUUGGUCCAUUUUUUUGUGUUUUGAACUAACUCUGAAUAUUCUCAACGUAACACCUGGGUUAUUGGGUUAUUAUCACGGCUGGGAUCAACUUGGUUUCACCGCUGCGAGCUGAACUGGAGAUCAUCUCACGAUCAGUCAAACUUUAAAUUCAGAGAGAGAUUCAUCAGUUUGCAUCUCCAUCAGUUUUUCUUUGGACACACGUGCAUGCUGGUCGAGCUGCCUAGUGUUUGUUGGGAUCAGUCUGUAUGUGCAGGAUUGUUGUGAGAUGAUUUGAGUGUAGGUGUCCAGACCUCAUCACAGGUAAGUUUUGUUUUUCCAUCGCUUGCAUGUUCACUUCCUUUUUUCCCAUUUCUUCUCGUCCUGCUUCUUCUGGUCAUGAAACUAAAAAGUACAUCAGCAGGUGUCUCCAACAUAAAUAAAAUGAGUUAUAAUUGUAAAAGUGGCUGAUGUACUUUUUGGUUGAGACGUUUUGUCCUGGAAUUUGCAUUUUUCUCCUCCUAAUAAACAUCAGUUUGAUUCGCACAUGCACUUAAAAAUGUUCUGCAUCAGACCGUAUGUCCUAUGAUUGUGAAUUCCUCCUCUUUCCCCCUCUCUGAAGAUUUUUCCUCAUAAACAGUAGGGCUGUCACAGAUUUAGAGCAGUGGGGUCCAAACACACCUGGAAACAGAAACAAGCCCUGAAGUUGAGGUCCACUUUUAAUUUUACGACCCAACAACCAGAGCAAACAGCUGCUUUAGUCGUAAGAGAUGCUGGGAUGCAGCUGUAAGGCAGUUCGAUUAGAGUUGAUAACUUGUAGGGUUAAAAAAACAUCAAUUCAUCUUUUCAUUGCAUUUUAUUUUUCCCGGAUUCAGACAACAGGAUCGAUCCUUCCACAGGAUGUCGCUCAACUGGCCAAGAGUAGUUCUUGUUUGGGAGCCAGCUUCCCACAAUGCAAAACGCGACCAGAAUGCAUGACACUAGUUUACCUGUGAGGCUACAGGUUAAUGAGGACAGCCCUGUGAUGACCCACACCUCAGACCAGAACAAAGCAAACGAGCUGCAGGAGUAAAACAGCCUCACUUAUAAAUCAAGUUGUUCAAAGUUUCCUCAAAAGCCUAAAGCUGAUUUUUGGUCUGUGUGGAGGUGAAGAGUUUGAUCUGAACUUCGAGCUCUCAGAUUCCCCUGCUGUAUAAACGGUGACAGCCCUGCAGUAGUAAGAUACAGUCAGUUAAGUAGAAGUUACUCUCCUUGAGCCUGUGAACGACUUUUUAUCUCGAAUGUUUUUGCAGGAAGUGUUGAAUCUUCCAAGAGUUUAUGAGUCACAUAAAUUGUAUUUUCUGUAUUUGCUGUAGUCUCUCAGUCCUCCUCUUUCUUCUGCCUGAUUUCCUGUUUAUCUCUGAUUCAUUCAUGACUCAUCUUUAAUACCUGCUCUCUCUCUUUCUCCUGAUGAAUCCAGAUGGCUUGCGUUCGGUUGUGGAGGAGCUGGAGCUAGAGAGGAACCAGCUCCAGGAGCAGAUCCUGAGCCUGGAGGAGCGCUGUCAGGAUCUGGAGGAUCGGCUGCAGCUGCAGGCUCGCAUAGAGUCACUACAGGUAACGUGAGGGAGCGCAGCCGCGUCCCGACAUCCCGUCCCGUACUGUAGUCUCAGCAUGAAGUCAAAUCAGUAUUUAUCUGAUGAAACAGGGUCCAGAGGAAAGGUCAGAUCAGAAGCAAAACACUUUUCUUUUGCAGCAUGAUGUGCAAAAGUUUUUACACGGUUCAAGAACAAUGAAAAAAACUUAAACAGGUGAUCUGAAGUUUAAAAAAGUGCUUUACUUCUGAUCUGAAAUGAUGAACUCCAGACUGACUGACCCACUGAUUUAUAACAAACUGCAUGUUUCCCUCCGUCAAAUUGGGAUUUUGUAACAAAGCCUUCUAACACAGGUGACGUUUGAUGUAGAUGAAGAUGAGCAGCCAUGUUGGGUCUCUCAGGUGUGUUGGGCCUCUCAUGUAUGUGUGCGCUGGAGAGCACCUCUGGCGGUGACGGCUAACGGUGUGGUGUGCUUGUUUAACUUUGGACACGUUGUGAUUUCUGUGGUAGACCUCCUGGGUGUCAGAAAAAAUCACACUUCACUGCUGGAAAUCGUAGACGUCAGAGUUUAACGUUUGGGCUUGAUGAUAAAAACACAGACAUUAAUAAAACAGUCUGAUUUAAAUCUUUUCUCCAGCCGGUCUGCUCUCAUCCACGUCUGUGUGCUGUGAUGGUUUCAUUUUGAAGGCUGGAUGAAGUUAAUUCUCGCUUAUUGAUGUUUGUUUUCCUGCCGCCGCAGAACGAGUCGGAGAAGCUGCAGAGCCAACUCGCCAGCCUCCGAAGUCAACAGAGCAGAGAUGCAGAGAAGCAUCAGCUGCUGGUUAGCAAUCUCAACGAGCAGCUUAAAGGGUAAGUCGCUCAGUGACAACAAGAACGACAGUUUAAUCAUUCCUAAAGCAGCGAGUAUUUUCUCUCUGCAAAGAUCUUAAUUCAAGAUAUUUGCCAUAAAAGCCUCGGCUAUGAAGAGAAGGUGAAAAAUGCCAGUUUGCUCCUUUUCAGCCUAUCAGUAUCUGUUCAUUUUGCACUUUUCAUUCCACGUUUGACUUUAACACUCUGUCACUGAGAAAAUGCUGUUUUAUAUUUUUAUUAAACUUCAUCUGUUGUGUUUUGACAGUCUGAGUAACACACAGGAGUGUCUGGAGAGUUCCCUCAUUGAGAAGGAGAACACGUUGGCCAAGACGUCGGAGAAACUGGAGCUCAUCAACAGCCUCCGAGAGUCUUUGAGUGAAAAAGAAGUUCAGUAUAAAGACGUGUCGGACAGACUCCUCCAAACCGAGCACACUGUAAGCUCUCUCUGCUUUUCUUUUUCUCACCGUUUGACGAUCAGAAAUCCUUAAUUUGGUUCACGGUGUCGUCUUUUUCUUACAGCUUGAAGACGUUACAAAGAAAUGCAGCCGCUCAGAGAAACAGAGCUCCGAGUUGAAAACAGAAGUGCUGGAUCUCACGCAGAAGCUGAAUGUGCUGAAGGAAAAGGUGAAUAUUCAACAACUGUUUUUCUUUCUCACUUUGGCUUCGUCUUGGAGUAGUGUAGUUGAGGAUGCUCUUACUCACAGUGUUGUCUGUAAAAAUUUUCAGUACUGUUUUUUCUUCAAACUCACUCAUGAAAGCAGAAUCAGAACUUUUACAGCACUAAGUUCAAGAUUCAAGAUUUUUUAUGAUAAAUUUCUGCCGUAUGUGAGUUCAUACACAGGAAUAGAAAAAGACGUUUGUCUUCAGCCAAUAGAGAAGAGUAUAAUUGUCAAUAAUCAAAAUAAGUUAGAGCUGAGAAAUCCUUAUUUGCUUUAUUUCUGUAAAAACAGCUCUGACCUUUACUAACAGUUCAUUCUACCGGUGCUGGCUCCAGAUACCGACUGGACCUUGGACUUUAUUGACCCCCUUCUUCUACCCAGAAACAUCAAAAACUCUUCAUGCCUUUAUGAUUUUAAACAGAAUGAUGUUACGUACUGAACAGACAAACACUGGUUUUAACAAUUAUAUAAGGGACCCCUAAACUGUUGUUUUCAGCCUGUUACCAUAACAACCAUAUUUGCAUUUGAAUGAAAACUGCCAGUUAUUAUAGAUUUAUGUAAGUUUUUUCAACAAUGUUUUUAUUAGUUUUUCAACGUACUGGAACACAAAGUCAUACAAUUAAUAAUGGCAAAUAUUUUUCAUUAGAUCAACUCAGAAAAGAAAGACGAAAAUCGUGAUAUAUAAAACCUAAAAUAAUAUUAAUUAAUAAGGAAAAAAAUAAACAAAUAUAUUAGCAAAAUAUAUAUGUAUAUAUGUGUGUAAAAAUCUAGACAACAAUUUGUACUAGCCAGUUAUUAUAUAUAUUAUUAUUAUAUAUAUGUGUGUGUCUGUCUGUGUGUGUGUGUGUGUGUGUACUUACUUAUCUGACAGAGACAAAUGCAUGAGACUUAGCUCAAUAUGAUCCAUAGCAUCGAUAGUCUUACCCUGAAACUGUUUGCGUUGUGUCUGACCUGUUUGAAAACUGCUCUAUAAAUAAAACUUGAUUUAUUUAUUGAUUGAUUGAAACAUCAGCCAGCUUAUCAGGGUGAGAAAUCCUGCUUUAAUACAGGUAGUUUCCUUAGAAUGAAUCCACAAAUGGUUCAUAAAUUUACCGCGAUCAAGAAACAAAGGUAUAAAACAGCAUCUCAACUUUCUGUAUGUCUUCAUUUUCAGACACAGAAGCAGGAGGUCACCAUAGAAACUCUCCAAACCGAGCUGGAUCAGACCAACGAGGAGCUGGACAAACUAAACACCGCCUACCUGGAGGAACGAGCCCAACUCAUUCAUGAUCUCCAGAGCUGUGAGCGGGAAAUCGACAGCCUCAAAGACAUCCUGGUGGAAAAGGACAAAGAGAUCACCACCCUCUCUGGAAACAUGGCCGAGUACGCCGAGCAGAUCACGGUGCUGAAGCAGGAGAUCCGACUCAAAGAGGAGAGCCUGGUUCACGUGGAAAACGCGCUGAGUAAAGCGGAGCGAGAGGCUAUGAUCAUGAGGGAGUCCCAGAGCUCAGACCAGCAGACUCUGGACACCAAGAUGACUGAGCUGAUGGGAAACCUGAAGGACGCUGAGACGGAGCUGAACCGAGUCAGAGAGGAAAGAGAGUCUAAAGUCAACGAGGUGGAACAGCUGAUCAAACAGGCGGAGGAGGACAAGAAAACCAUCCAGGAGCUCCGAGGAGAGGUCCAGAAACACCUCCUGAGCCACCGUAACCAUCUGUCUGAAUGUGAACCACACAUCACAUCCCUGAAGGAGCAGCUGACUGUAUCCUCCCAAAAACUGCAGGAGUCGGACGCUCUUAUCCUGCAGCUGAAAGAUUCAAACUCCAGCAAUGAGCAGCUGCAGCUACAGCUCAGCGAGAGAGAGCAGGAGCAGGAAAAAGAGCUGAAAUCUGUCAAAGAGGAGCAGAACAAACUUCUGUCACAGGUGGAGAAAUACAAAAACGAAACACAGACGUUAUCCAGACAGUUAGAGGAGCGUGUGCAGAGUGAGGAGCAGGUCAGAAAGGAGGUGCAGGAGAAACUGGAAACCAUAACAUCUCUGGAAACUCGGCUGAAAGCAACUGAUCAACAGGCGGAGGAGGAGAGGCAGAAGUACAACAACGAAAUCCAAGUAAAGGUUUCAGAAAAUGAGAAACUGAGCAGUGAGCUUCAGAGCAAAUCCGAAAACAUCUCCAAGGUGAAGAAUUUAUUAAAAAACAUGAAGACGGAGAAAAACCAGCUGCAGGAAAAACUCAAAAAGCUGAACGAGGAGCUGGAGCAGCAGAAGCAGAACGGAAACCAGCUCAAUGAGAAGGUCAGAGCAGCUCUGGAGCUCAACUCCAGCCUGGAGAAUCAGUUGCAGAGCCUCACAAAAGAGAGGGAGAAACUUGAAGAGGAGGUGGCGGAAAGUGUGAGAACAGUUUCAGAAGUUCGAGCAGAAAAAGACUCACUACAGAGCCGGAUAUCUUCUCUGGAAACAGAGCUGUCACAACGUAACCUGCUGGUGGAGGAGCUGCAGAGAGAUAAAGAGGAGCUGAGCGCUCAGAGUCGGGAGUUAAACCGAGUUUUGGAGCAAAGCACGCACUCAAACUCCGAGAUCCUUCUCGAAAUAACAAAUGAAUGCAGUCGCCUCAAGGAGACACUCAGGGACAGAGCGGAGACCAACACACAGCUGCAGGGGAGAGUGCAAAACCUGACGUCUGAGGUGGAGAAGCUUCAGAAGGACGUGAUCGACAGAGAAAAGACAGCGAGUGAGCUGAGAUCUCAAACAGAAGCUCAACAAAACGACACGACGCAACUUCAGGAAACGCUGACUCUGCUGAGAGAGCAGCAGAACGCUCUGAAGUCCGGGUUAAUGGAGAAGGACGCAGAGCUGAAGGAGAGCCAGAGUGAGAUUACAAACCAGAAGAAGGUUGUGUCCAAGCUGGAAGAAGAAACCAAAUCACUUCACCAGCAAAUAGAAGAGAGAGAGGAGAUGUUGAAGAAGGAGAAGCAGCAGAGCGAAGAAUAUAAAGAAGACCUGAACGAUAAAAACAUGACGAUUCGAUCUCUGAGCGAUCGUGUCACAGUGAUGGAGGAAAACGCAGGAAAGCUGGAGUCUGAAGCAGAGCGGAAGCAAGCAGAGAUGUCUCAGCUGAAGAGCCAGAUCCAGGCAGCCAGCGAGGAGAACAUCCAGCUUCGUGCCGCAUGUGAAUCCAGUGGGAAGGAGGUUUCCCAGCAGACUCAGGCUCUACUAGACCUCCAAGGACAGCUGAGAGCAACUCAGGAACAAAACUCCAGCUUGAGCUUGAAGAUCAGCAGCUUGACGGAGGCCAGUCAGAAACUCCAGGAGGAGCUGGAACAGAACAUCAGAUCCGUAUCUGAACUGAACUCUGAGAGGAGUUCUCUGCUGGAGCAAAAGUCCGGACUUGAAACGCAAAUCUCAGAAAAUCAGAAAACAAUCGAGGGCUUGUUAAAGGAGAAAGAAACUCUGACGUUCACUGCAGAGGAAUCCAAGAAGAUCCUCAGAGAAAACCAAGAGUCCAACUCUGCAGGUUUGCUCCAGAAAACGAGUGAAUGUGCAAAUCUGUCCAAGACAUUAAAAGAGAGGGAAGGAGAGCUUCAGAGUCUGCAGGAGCAAGAAAAUCAGUUAAGAAACCAACUCGAUCAGCUAAACAUGAUUCUGAAAGAGAGAGAGAGGACUGUUUCAGAUCAGAGCGCACAUCUAGAGGCUCAGCAGAACCAGCUGCUGCAGCUUCAGGACACCGUCUCAAUGCUGCAGGAGCAAGGAGCCGUCCUCAAGUCAGGGCUGAUGGAGAAGGAGGUGCUAUUCCAGCAGAAAGCAGAGGAGUGUGUCGUCCUGCAGAACGAGACUGUGCAACAGAAAAACCUCCUCUCCCAGAUCCAAGGCGAGGUCGAAUCGCUCAGGAAAGAGUGUUCGGAGGCGAAGCAGCAGAUCGAGGAGAAAGAGCACGUGUUGAACGGAGUAAAAAGUGAGCUGCAGAACCACAAAGACGAGCUGAAUAAGAGAAACGAGUCCGUGAUCUCGCUCAGCGGUCAGCUCGGCGCCAUGAAUGAGAGCUCCGCAGAGAUGGAGGCCGAAAUUAGCAACCUGAAGGCCGACGUGCAAAAACUGACAGAAGAAAAGCAACAGCUGAUGCAAGAAGAGGGCCAGAGGAAAACCCAGAUGGUUGAUUUUCAGGAUAAUCUCCAAGCAGUGAACGAGCAGAAGACCAAGUUAAAAUCGGAGUUCCAGAAAGCCGUCAAAGAGCUCUCCAAAGCACAAAAAGAGAGGAAGGAACUGAAGGAGGAACUCAAGAAGAGGAACUCGGAGAAGGAGAUGUUUAAUAAGACCAUGGAGGGAAAAGAGGACGCCCUGAAACAGCAGGAGAGCGUCAUCCAGGAGCUCAACAGUAAGAUCGACCUGCAGGAGGAGCAGCUGAAGCAGAAAACAGACGACAACGUGAGUUUGAGUGCAAAAGUCUCCGAGCUCGAGGACUCUGUCGGUCGACUAAGAGGACAGAUGGAGAGUCUGACUUCAGAGUCCUCAGAAUAUCAGAGUAGAUCUUCAGCAGAGUUUGAAAAUCUAAAUACGAGUCUACAAGCCAAAGAGGUGGAGUGUGAGAGCCUGAAAGAACAGAUUUCUCACCUGGAAAAGUCGGUGACGAAGCUCAACGAGAGCCUCCAAGUUCAGAAAUCUGAGUCUGAACACCUGAAGAGGUCCCUGGAAGACAAAGAGGUCUGUCUGUCAGACCAGUCCAAGACUCUCCAGGACAUCCAGAGACGAGCGGACGAGGCUUCGCUCUUUAAAACUCAGUUCAUGGAGAGCACAGAGCUGGUGUCACAGCUGCAGAACCAGAUCCACUUCCUGUCCACGGGAUCUGAAAACCUCAAGAAGUCGGAGGAGGAAACUCAAAGUGCCUUUAAUAACCUUCAGGAGAAAUAUGCAACAAAUCUAGAAGAGCUUCAGGAGGUGAGGAAGCAGCUUUCCCAAAGGAUGGAGGAGGUGUCAAACCUUCAGAGAGCGUUAGAUGACACUGACAAAGAGCAUCAGGCUGCGAAGAGCGCCAUCGAAACUCUGAGGAGCGAGGUUUCCGAGCUUCAUCACAAAGUCCAGAAGGCCGAGGAGCUGAACUCCAGCCUGUCCAAGGAGAAAGACGAAGCUUUCGCCUCUCAUCAGAAAAGCGUCUCUCUUCUGACCGUAGAAAUCGACCGACUCAAAUCUCAACAUCUUCAAGUCGUGGCGCAGAUGAACGCCCUGACCGAAAACCUGGAGCAGAGAGAAAUGGCGCUCCACGCGAUUAACAAUCAGUACACAUCUCAGGCCAAACAGGCGUCUCAGCUGGUCUCAGAGAUGCAGAAACUGGAGGAGCAGAAUAAGAGGAUGAACGAGGAGAAGGAGGAGCACCAGAAGCUCCUCACGGCUGCCAGGAACGAAAACACGCAUCUGAAGGAGGAAGUCAGGAGAGUUUCAGAGGAGAAGGAGGAGAUGCAGAGAAGACAUCACCAGCAGGGGGAGCUGCAGUCCAGCAGCAUGAACGAAACUCUGCAGAGGAUGACGUCCGAGAAGGAGAGCCUGCGAGCAAAGGUUAGUGCCAAAGAUGACGAGCUGUCAGAGUUAAAACAGAGCAUUCAGAAAGUGGAGCAGAUUCUGCAGGACUCUGAGAAAGAGUGGCUGCUAGUUCUGGAUAGAGAGAAGCAGGAUAAGAACAUGCUGACAGAGCAGCUGAGAAGUGUAGAGAAUGAGAUCAGAUCCAAAGAUGUGAAAGUUAACGCUUUGCAGCAGGACUUGGACAGUUUGCAGGAGAAACUCGCCGCGGCAUCCUCCGCAGUCAGGCAGGGCUCCGAUCAGCUGAGCGCUAAAGAGUUGGAGGCUUCUGCGUCCAGGAUUCAACUGGAGAAGAUGUUAGCAUCGGUCCAGGAGAAGGAGAGAGUCAACAGUGAUUUACAGCAGGCGAUAAAAGCUGCUGAACGAGAGCUGCAGAAGCUUCUAACAGACGCUAACAGAGAUUCUUCAGCAUCUGAGAGGUCUGCUGAACCCUCUCUGCAGGAGAUGAUCAUAAAUCUACAAGAAGGACACAGAUCUGAAGUCGACGCGCUGAAGUUAGAUCUCGAUCAAACCGUCAGGAAGCUUCAGAAGGCAGAGGACAUGCUCAGCGAAGGGAAGAGGAGCAACGAGGAGAGGAGUCAGCAGGUUUCUCUUUUCCAGGAGAUGGUGGAGCAUCUCCAGACUCAACUGAGCGACCAAUCGGAGAAAGUCAAAGAAGCUGCAGCCCAACAGUCGUCUCUCCACAGAGACCUUCAGGCGAAAGACGAUCAAAUCAACUGCAUGAGCAUCCAGAUCAGUCAGCAGAAGGAGCUCCUCGCAGGACUCAGUCAACAGCUGAGGGACAAGGACGCGUCGAUCGCACAAGUCAUGGAAUCGGCUUCAAACGAGAGAGUCCGACUGAAUGAGGAGAAAACGUCGAUAAAAGCGCAGCUGGAAAACCUGGAGCAAGAACACCAAACCUCCGUGAAGAAGCUGGAGGAGGUCUCCCAGAAGUUAGAGGAGCAGCUCUCAUGUUCUCAGAGUGAAACCCAGACCAGGACUUCAGAGAAGCUCCAGCUGAGUCAAGAAAACGAGGACCUGAGGAGUGAAGUAUCGAAGGUCUCCAAAGAGAGAGACGCGGCGAAGAAGAAACUCCAAGCUGCUCUCAUCGUGAGGAAAGACCUGCUGAAGAAAAUCCAGAAAUAUGAAAAUGAGAAAGAAGAGAGUGUUUCACUUUUGGAGGAGAGAUUACAAGAAGCUUCGAGUCAAGCAGAAGCUGCAGUGAAAAUCUAUGAAGACAAGGUUUCUCUGCUGGAGAAGAAAAUGACGGAGAAGGAGGAGGAGAGCGAAAGACUCAUCGAGGAGUUCAAGUCCGAGAAAGUCGUCCUGCAGGAAACUCUGAAUGAGACCAAAGUGUGUUUGUCUGAAGCUCUGCAAGCGCUGACGGAGAAAAGCUCUCUGGUGGAGCAGCUGCAGUCCACCGCCGCCGAGAAGGAAGACGCUCACGAACGAGACAGAAGCAGCUGGACGCAGAGAUUCGAAGAACUUCAGCGUGAAAUGGAGACGUGCAGAGAGGAGUUACAGGACAGAUCGUCUUCCGCUGCCAGUGCCGUCGAUUUAGAAAAGGAGCUCGCACAGAUGAAGCUGGAGAAAGCCACGCUGCAGAAAAAGGCGCAGGCCGCUCUGUUAGCACGCAAAGAGACGCUGAAGAAAGCUCAAGAGAACGAGAAGAAGCUAACGCAAGAACUCAAGGAGCUGAAAGACGACUACAAAGCUCUGCUGGAGCAACGCUGUCAGCAGACCAACGAGCUCAACGCCAUCCAGCUGAGCUUCGACGAGAAGGUCCGAGAGCUGGAGGAGCUUCGUCAAACAUCUCUGUCGGACCGAGACGAGCUGGGAACUCUGAGGCAGCUCGUAGACGAGCGCGAUAAAACUCUCCAGGAUCUGAAGAUGGCCUUAGCUGAGAAGGAGAGUCAGUGCCACUCCCUGUCAGACCUUCAAACAGAGAUGGAGAAUAUGAAAUCCAGAAACGAGAGUUUGUCUCAGGAGGCGGCGAAAAAUUCUGAGGCCUUCCUGGAAAUGACGCAACGAACCGAGGCUUUGAGAUCAGAGCUGGAAACGGCGGUAGAAGACUUACAGAAAGUUCGAGCAGAAUCGAGAGAGAAAAACAAAGAAGCAGAAAAAUACCAGGAAAGGAUUCAACUUUCAGAGCAGGAGAAGGACGUUCUACUCAACGAGAGAAACACUUUGGAGACCCAGCUGAGCGAACAACAAGAGAAAAACAAACUUCUGACGGAAGAAAACAAAUCUCUGUUCGAGCAGAGCGCUCAGAUGAGAGCGGAGCUGGAGGAAACGGCGGCUUUAAGUUCACAGAAGUCUGCAGAGGUCACCGAAGUUCACGGAAAAUUAGCUGAAAUCCAGCAGCAGCUCGGCGAGGAGAAAACAGCCUUCCAAGAAACUCAACGUCAGAGUUUGGAGAGACAAACCAAAGUGGAUUUAUUAACGCAGGAAAAAAGAAACGCUCUGACACUAGCGGACAAACUCCGAGAGGAAGUAAACGCGCUGAGUAACAAGCUGAAUGAGAAUCUAAACGAGCGUUUCGACAAAGAAGAGGGCGUGUGUUUGUCGUGUAAAUGUGCCGAAAACUUUGAGGUGAAGCUGAAGGAGAGGGACGAGGCCUUGUUAGUUUCUCAAUCUCAAGUUUCAGAAAAAGACGAGCUGAUUGCCGCACUUGAGCUGCAAUUACAGCAGCAAAUUAAAGCCCAUGAAAGAGCCGUAGAAAAGAUCGCAAAGGAGGCUGAUGAGCUUCAGAGAUCACAAGAAAACGGCAACAAGAUGAACGAUCAGGACAGCCAAAACAAAAUUGCCCUCCUAACCCGGAAACUCCAAGCGGCUUUGGUUUCACGCAAAGAGCUCUUGAAGGAAAACGCAUCCCUGAAGGAGGAGGUGGAAACGCUGUCAGCCAAACACGGCGCCAAAGAAGAAGAGUUUGUCGCUCUGGAGGCGUCGCUCCUGGGGGUGAAACAGCGAAAUAAAGACCUGGAAAACUCUGUGGGAUCUCUGAGAAAGGAGAAAGACAAGCUGGUGUCUGAAGUCGACGGCAUCUCCAACGAUAAUCAAAGUCUUUCAGCCGCUUGCGAGAGUUUGAAGCUAACCAUCGAAAACAUCACGCAGCAGAAAGAAGCCUUUUCCUGUCAGCUCGAAUCUCUGAAAGACUCGCAAACAGACGAGCUCUCCAAGUGGAAGUCGAAGCACGCCGAGCUGAAACAAGAGUACGAGUCUCUUCUGCAGGCUUAUGAAAACGUCAGCAGUGAAAUGGAUAAGAUGAGGCAGCUCUUGGAGGGGGCGAAGAGAGAGCGGCAGGAGGCCCUCCGAAAAAUCCACAAACAUGACUCCGAGGUGGAGGUUUUGGAAAAGCAGGCGAAGGAAAUCGAGGAUGAAAACGGACGACUCAAAGAGAGGAUGCACAAGUUUGUUAAAGAGAAACGGCAGAAGAUCGAAGAGUUGGAGGAAGAGAAUGAAAAAGUAAGAAAAGAGCUGAAGGAGCUGGAGGAAAACCACAAAACGGCGAUGUGUGAACUGAGCGAUACAAACCGACAACUGAGAGAGUCAUCGGAGGAGCUGGAGGGGAAGCUCGUCGACAUACAGGCGGAAAAUAACCAGCUGAGAGAGAAGGUAGAGGAAGCGAGCUGUUCGUUAGAGAAGACAAACCUGGAGUCGAAUACGUACACGAGCAACAUGCAGCUGAAACUGGACGAAGCUCUGAGUUUGAAUAAUUCACUGACCGCACAGAUCGAGGCUCAGAAGACGGAGCUGGGCGCUCAGCGGGAAAUCAACGACCUCUUACAGAAGGAGAAGCAGAACCUUUCCGAAAGGAUCGAGACGAUUCACACCGACCACGAGGCGCAGUUAGGACAGAAAGACGAGGCGAUCCAAGAGCUGAAGGACGUCAUCAACAAACACAGUCAGGAGACCAUCAGCCUGAACGAGAAGGUCCGAAUCCUGGAGGACGACAAGUCUCUGCUGCAGGAGGAGCUGGAAAACACCCAAGAGAUUUCAGACAAAGUGAAGAAUGAAAACGAGUAUCUGGAGACGGUGAUCCUCAAGAACUCCGAGAGGAUCGAUGAACUGACCGAGUCCGUCACUCUGCUGCAAACUCAAAACAACCAGCUGACCUCUCAGCUGGCGGCGAGCGAGGAGAUGAGCGGCCAGAUCCGCCGAGAGAAAGAGAAAGAGCAGCUGAAGUUAGUGCGAGAGUUUGAGGGGAAACUCAAGACGGUCCAGAGAGGGAGUGAAGGAUCCCAGUGCAUGAACACCGAGCUGAGGGAGCUGCUCAAAGAAAAACACCUGGAGAUCAACCAGCUGCAGCAGAACUGCAUCAAAUACCAGGAGGUGAUUUUAGACCAGGAGAGCUCUCUGAAGACCUCACGCUCGGCCUGCGAACAGCUGGAGAACGAGCUCAAGAAGAGCUCACAGAGAGUGUCAGCGUUAGAAGAGAGGAGUCAAGAAGCUGAAGCUGAUCUGAUUUCACACAAGAAGCUCCUUCAAGAAGCCAGCGAGAAGAUUCAGAGUGUGGAGGCCGAGAGAGAGAAGCUGGUUCAGGUUUUAUCACAGGAAAGUCAAAAGUCUGAAGAGAAACCACCUCAGAGUGCGGAGGAGAAACAGACCGAUCCUUACAUGGAGAACCAGCUGGUGCUGCAGCAGCAGAUCGAAGAUCUAAAUGAGCUGAAAGACCAAGAAAGUCAGAAAGUGAACGAGCUGAGGCAGAAACUGGACUCUCAGGAUCUGCAGAUCCACACUCUGAGGAGAGCGGCCCAGACCAACGAGGUGAAGCUCUCUGCGUUAUCCGCUGCUCCUCAGGGAGCCGAGGCCUCCAAGCUCUGGAACGAUCUAUUCCAGAAGACCUUAAACGAGAAGGACAACCAGCUGCUGGAGCAGGGCUUCGUCAUCAAACGCUUCCUGGAGGACAUGAGAGUGAAAGACAAAGAGGUGAACGAGCUCCGGGUGACCAAGUCCAGACUCGAGAGGACUCUGAACGAAUACUCCAUCGCUGCAGCCGCGCAGCAGAGACAGCUGUUUGUCAUGAGCGCCAGUAACGCCGAGUUCAACGAGUCCGUGGAGCUUCUGUCCGUGCAGGUGAAGGAGCUGAGCGCUCGUGUGGAGAGAUCAGAGAAAGAUAAAAACACGCUGAGCCGACAGCUUCAAGGCAAGGAGGACCUGAUCUCUCAGCUGCAGCUGAAUCUGCAGCAAACCGAGAAGAUAAACGCCGACUCAGACGCUCAGCUGCGUCUCCUCCAGACCAAAACGGACAAACUUCAGGCGGAUUUCGAGAAGCAGGAAGGGAUUUCUCUGCAGCUGAAAACUCUCCUGCAGAGCAAAGACGCCGAGAUCUCCUCCCUCCUUUCCUCCAAAGACGGUCAGAUGUCGGGAUACCUCGAACAACUCCACGCCAACCACCGCAGCCAGGUGGGAGUGUACGAGGACAGGUUAGCAUCCUCGCGCUACCAGAGAGAAAAGGCCGACAGAGAGCAGAGAGCUGUGGAGGCGAAGGUGAAAAGUCUGCAGAUCACGGUGAACAGGGCCGUUCAGGAGAAGGAGCAGACGGCGGCGAAGAUGGAGUCACUGAAGAACGCCAUGGUGUCUCUGCAGAGCGAGCGCGAGCGUCUGAUCUCACAGUACAGAAUCCUUGAAGCAAAGAGUCAGCUGAGUUUUGCAGGGAAGGACGGAGCUUCUGACGGCGAAGGGGGCGCCGCCAAAGGCCUCAAACAUGAGAUCCGGAAACUGCUGCAUCAAAUGGACGACCUGAACUCGGAGAACGCCAUGCUGAGGGCCCAGCUGGUCCGCUACAGAGAGGACUUAAACCAGGUUUUAUCUCUGAAGGACAAUCAGCUGAAGGUCCUGCUGAAGAAGCAGCAGGAUGUGAUCAAAAACCUCGAACACCAAAAAGCCGCGUCUGAAAAACAACAAAGAGAGACUCGACUGGAGCUCCAGAGGGAGGAAGAGGCCAACAACGCGUUCGAAGCCGAGAUCGCCAAACUCAAAUCGAAGGUUUCAAUCCAGGAGGAAGAAAUAUCAACGCUCAGAAAGGAGAGAACUCGGACGGACGAAGGGAAGGUGAUUUCUGAUCUGCAGGACGCCGUGGCGGCAAAAGCAGCUGAAUGUAACGACCUCCAGCAGAAGAUUCUGUCCCAGAAAGUCCAAGCGGAUGAGCUGAAGGAGAAGAUGCAGCUGCUGGAGAACGAAACGGAGCAAAAACUGUCUGAAGCUGAAGAUAAAUACAACAGUGAGCUGGACUCUUUCGAGCGAGACGUGCAGCUGAUGAGAAACGAGCGAGAGACGGCGGAUCAGAGGGUGGCGGAGCUCGCCAAAGACCUGGUCGACAUGGAGCAACAGCUCUCAGAGGCCCAAACACAAAACAAAGAAUCAAAAGCUCAGAAUGAGUCUCUGUGUAAAGCCAUGGUCGCGCUGCAGGACGACAGAGACCAGCUCAUCGAAGACUUUAAGACCCUGAGGAACAGGUACGACGAAGAGCUCAGGGAGACUCAGGCAGCUUUCAACAAGGUGGAGCGCAGUCUGCAGGACGCCUCCUCCGACUUAGCCAUGUUCGCCAAAGAGCGGGACGUCCUUCUGCACAAACUGAAGGCCUUGGAGAGCAAAGACGUCCCCGCAGAGCUGAACAAGCUGAUGGACGAGCUGUCCAAGGCCUUAUCGGAGAAGGAGAGGGAGCUGACGCAGGUCGUCCUGGAGAACAACACCUACAGCAGGCAGCUCUCCGCCUUCUCCAGAUCCAUGGCCAGCCUCCAGAAUGACCGAGACAGGCUGAUGGACGAGCUGAGCGGAGCCAAAAGGGUGGUCGAGUCCGCGCAAGGGUCGAGCCCGGAGACCUCCACGAAAGGAAGUGAUGUCAGAGCCCCUCAGACAGAGAGCGAAGCGGCGGUAAGUGGACUCAUCAGCUGUGUUGAGUUUGGCUGCUGCUUGCGCUUCCUCUCGGUGUUUCGUGUUGUGGAGGGCAUGAAGGCUCGUGUCAGGGUUCAUUUUCAGUUUGCAUCGUUGCUUCAUCCUGCAUGGUCUUUUCUUUCUGUUGGGGUGCACCGUGAAGUUCUCAGUUCAAUACCAGGUUUUACAAGAUCCACUUUACUUCAGUGACUGAUGACUUUCUCUUUGGUGUGAUUGCAGGAGACCAGGCUGGAGAUGGAGGAGGUGGAAACUCAGAGAUCAGAGAGAGGACUGGACCGGGAAAAAACUGCAGACCUGAGGUAAGAUCCAGAUUAGUCUAUGAACCCUUAAAACAGGAUUUGGCCAAAAAUAAAAUCCAGAUUUUUUUCUCUGAAAACUUGAUUUUCCAUUUUUUAUUAAGUGACAACUUCACCAAACUUCACUUUAAAAAUAAAAAGGUUUUCUAUCAUCUUUCAAAAUGAAAACACUGAAAAUGUAGUACAUAUGCCAAGCCAGUAAGUGGCGCUGUAACGCUGCACAGGAAAUGCAAAAAAAACAGAAGAAGAGUACGGAGCGUGUGUAUAAAGGUUGUUAUGGCUGGAUAUGUGCAGGCGCCAUGAAAUAGUAACCCUAUGUGUCACAUGGUCGUUUCCAGUGAUGCAGAUAGAAAUCCACACGGAGAUGAAAUGGUCGUCGUUUACAGAUUUAUACACUCUCUGACCUUUACAGUCACCUAAAACGCAGUUUCUGUGUGGAUGAAACGCCAAUACGACAAAAAACUUGUGGACGGGUUGAUACCGCCCUCAGACAGACUUUGCAGCAGGGAGUGGUUUGCUCUUCCUACGAAACAGUGAAGUCGUACCAAUUCAACACGACUGAUUUGCUCUUGUCCUAUUUAACCACGAAAUUAUCGCCUUUUUUUGCAAACGCCAUGUUUGUUUACACUGGUGUGUGUGGGAACUGGGGAGCGCUCCUGAAGGAAGGGGGAGGAGCCUACAGUGGCCUGGAGGCGCGAGACAUGAUAGAGAGGAAAAUGGAUUUGAGGAUUUAAAUUUUUUCAACAUCGUCAUAAAAUUGAUUAAUCGUGCAGCCCUACCUUACACCAUAAACCCUCAAUCUGCGGCCUCCUUUAAAGACCAGGAUCAGGAAAAGCUUCUGAUCCUGGACAACGAUCAUGACUGCCUUUGAGAAAUCACAUAUGAUAACACUGAGAUAGAGCCCACACUGACAGAGAUAGACGAUCAGAGAUUAGAGCUGAACUGGCACUGAUGAAACUUAUGUUUAUUCAGAGGUUUUUACUCAUGAAGCUCGAUGUUUCUCUGCAGGUCCGAGACAGAAAGGAGAGACUCUCUGCCGGCUAAGGUAACACAUCCAACCUUUGUUACUGGUUUUUAAUGCACAUGCUUGAUUCCUAACCUGUUCCUAACUAUCCAAGAACAUUUGAACAUCUCCAAUACAAAAAAAAAGUCUCUUAUAUUUGAUUUCAAAGCCUCGUUCAUUUCCUCUCAUAAAACAGGAAACAGCUGUUCUGGCAGGUCGCAGCAGCACGGAUGAGUUGGUGAGUCAGUUGGAGGCCGAGCGGGUCCAGCUCCACGGCUCCCUACAGCGCUGCGUGUACGAGAUCCAGCAGAGAGACCAGUACUUACUGCAGCUCAACUCCAAGGUACCAAACAGCUGAGCCUGUGCGCGCUUAUGUGUGUGCAUAUGUUUGUGUUUGUGCAGGUGAAAGGUUGGCGGCGUGGACACUUGAUUAUGCAACAUUCUUUAAACUCACUGCGUUUUUAAUGAUUGUUUUCUUCGGAUGAAACCUCCGAAAGUUUAAACUCAAAGAGAGAAAACACUCCCCUCCUUCCUCCCUACAGCUACAGCAGGCGGUGGAGGAGAAAGGCGCUGCUGCGGCUCAGCUGAGGGCCGUUUCUCAGACUCUGAGGGACACUCAGAAUCGCUGCCACUGGCUGGAGGGACAGAUCCCGAACCAGGCUCAGGUAAACCAUCAGUAUAUCAGUAUUUUAUUUUUUUGUAUACCACAAACAGUUCGGUUUUGAUUUUAAUUAUCUGUCUGCCUGAUAACCUGUAUCUGUCGCUGUAAUUCUGCACCUCCACCAGCAGGGGUCGGUAUUCACUGAGGUUGCACCUGGAGCCCCACAGGAGAGGAGCAACGCGUCCAUGACGGCAGAGACGACUGAGGCCCAUCAGCUCAGGGAGAGGUGAGGAGACCCGUGUUCAUCUGUUGUUUUUUUAACUCAUUUCCUCAUGCAGGUUAACCGCCAUCGCCGUCCGACCUCAUGGAAAUGUUUUUCUGCGUUCAGGCUGCUGGAGUUGGAGCAGAGCCUGACCGAUGAGCGAGCCCGCAGAGAGACAGCAGAGGAAGCCCUGAGACUCGCCGAGGAUCGAGCAAAGAGGUGAGACCCACGUUUGCACAAAAACACUCAGAGGUUCAUAAAGCGCCGAGCUCUGGAAUAAAGGAUAUAACUUUGUGUUUCUGCAGCGUUGGUUCCAGCCUGUCCGCUCAGAGGGACUUCAGCAUCGAGAUGGAGACGGAAGAAGAGUGGGACGCCCUGACUUUCAAUCCAAACCAGCCGCUAAUCACACAGAAGGUACAAAAAUAUCAAAAUGUCAAAAUGUCGCUCCUGUCUGAUUAGAUAAACCUUCAGAAAAGUCUUCUAUCUCUCUGACUGAAGGUUCAAAGUUAAUUAAGUUUCAUAGUUUGCGCAGAUCUUUGUCUUUUACUCCUGGAGCUCAUUAUUUAUGCAGCUUCAUAAAAGGUUAUUAAACUGUAAAACCAAGUUCAGGUGAACGAUAAGUGAUGUUUCGACCAUCUUCUGCUUGCAUCUGCAGGUAAAAGGGGGCGUGGUUCUCUGCCGGCGCUGGCUCAGGGGGCGGAGCCUGUACUUCUCCAGGCUGCUGACGAGCCGCGCCCGCUCUCGAUACUUCUUCCUGGCCUACUUAUUCACCAUCCACGUGCUCGUCUUCAUGUGCCUCACUGGUGCCCUGUAACACACUCACACACACACACACACACACACACACACACACACACACACUGUUUUGGCUGUUUUUUGUUUUGGAUAUUUAAAGGUAAAUGACGUUAAACACUAAAACCGGCUCAAACGCGAUAGUUCGAGAGGCUGCUGUUUGCAAAGAGACUUUUGAAGACUCUUCCAGACUCAUUUAUUCACACUUUUAUCUUUUAUUUAUAUUUAUUCAAACAGAAAAACUAUUACGUUCAGUUUUCUAAAAGUUGAAUCAAGCCUUAAACAUCGUCUCACUGGCUCUUUCUAAAAAGAGGCAGUGCAGCUCCCUCCCUCAUAAAACGAAAGCUAAGAAACCUGGAUGUCUGUUUUCCUUCAUAUCGAAGCCUAAGAAGAUGCGGAAAGCCAUAUCCAUAUUUAUGAACACUACAGUAUGAAGAUAGUUUGUGAUCUCAUCACCUCCUCACCUUGUUCUUGUUUGACCAACAUACAAAAACACACUUAAUGUUGGAAAGUAGAAAUGUUCUGAUACCAGCAGCAGAAGAUCAGGUCCAAAACAUGAGAUCCUAAAUGACUUCAGUGUUUCAGUCUGUUUUUAAAAGAGGCACAAAUAAAAUCAGCAGGUUUUCUGAAUGAAGAAGUCUCAUCAUGACGACCUGGUUUGGGGUUUUUUAACAGGAUACGAUGACGGGUGAAGAGAGCAGGUUUUUCUGAUGCGUCUGCUGCGAAAUGGUUCAGUGAGGGACCAAAUAACAAACCUCUACUGUCCUACUUUUUCAGCACCCUGCUGUCGCGGUUCCAAGUGCAUCGAACCGACCCUAAACUGCAAAGAUAGUUCUCGACUAACCCGGUUAGAUUUGAUCAUUUCAUCUCCGUUUUCAUGUAGAUUUAGUCGUCAGGGAUUCAUGAACGGGUGAUAAAGUGACAAAGACAGGUAAAUGGCUGAGGCCGUCAAUCAGACCAAAGUCCAUCGACUGUAUCUCCAAUCUGCAAGAUCAGGGAUCACUGCAACAAACCAACUAUUAGUGUGUUUGGGGGCUGCAAGCUGAGCUGCUGCGAACUUCAUCUGCUCUGAUCACCUUCAUGCUGUGACUCCUCAUCAGUUUUUUAAUUAAAUCUCCUCCAGAACAAACUGGUCAGUAAAUUAAACCCUCAAGAAAAAACUGAAUAAAGCAGCUUUGAGGGAAAAAAAGAAAGUGUGUUUAAGAGCUGCAUCAAAAGAAGUCUGUACAGAUUUGUUAUUUCCCUGUUGAUAAAUUUAUGAUCAUCAUAGAUUCAAUCUUUCCCUAUGUGUCUGUUCGUGUUUAGUAGAGGUUCAUCUUCGGCUCAGAUAGAAGAGAAAUUGGAGCGAUCACGUCCCGUUCACUCAGAGUCUCACUUUAAUAUUUAAGCUGCUCCAAAACUUCCGCUGGUAUCAGAACAUCUCGAUAAGUAUCCGUUAGUUUUGCAUCCAGAUCACAGAUUUCGUCACCAGCUGCUUCUUCUUGGUUUCAUACUUUGCACAUAAUCGCGAUGCUGAGUUUAAACUAUGCACUGAGAGUCCAAAUGUGUAAAUAAUCAUCUCGUAUAGACGCCGAGAAGCACGACUACACCUCUCCCACUCCCUCCUGUCGUUCCCUUUAAGCCAAAGGUGUCUGUGUUCUCACCUCGGCUCUCUCCAGCCUGGAAAACUAAGUGGGAGACGACGGCUUCCAAAUAUCCUCCAGUUUCACCGCAGUACGCUGGUGUGCCAUUGAAAAUGGACCGCAAAAAAUACAGAAUCUAUACUGUAACAUAGAGUGUAUUUAAAGUUUUUCUGUAUUUAUAUGUGCAUCUGCAAAGUUUGCUGUAAACGGACUGUAUGUAUGUAUAUAUAUAUAAUUUCUAUCCUCUGCUUGAUGAUUGUACAUUUCUUUUUGAUUGUUUAGAGUUUGAAAAAAACUGGAUUUUCACAAAAAAGAAAAAAAGAGCUCCGUUAAAAAGCCAAAAUUAAAAUUCUGCGGCUUUCUAAUGGAGAGAUUUUUGUGGAGAUCCAGGUCUGCUGACGAUGGUACUUUGUCCUAAUGAUCUGUACAUAAAGGAGUGAUUUAAGGACGUGGAAAAAAAAAAGAAGUGAAUGAAUCUAUUUAUGAAAACUACUGAUAAAUUGUUCAGAUGGCAUAUUUUCUCCGCUGCCUCUAUUUUUAAGAGCGAGUGAUGCUGUCGGCCUUUUGAAGACAGGAGGCUGAACUCUGUGCAAUACUGUGUCAGAGGAGAACUUCCAGGUCCUCCUUCACCAUCUCCAGAGAAAUUUAAUAAAAGCGUGACAAAGUUUUCCUUAUAAAUGAUGUUUAUUUCAUUCCUGUGGGGACACCUAAAAAACUCUACCGCGUCUACGAUUGACUGUACUUGGAAUCUAAAGGGAUAAGGACAAAAAACUAAACUGGAUGGUCCUGAUCUUCAGGUCCUCAUGCAGCACAUCUUCAAAACCAGACAGGACUCUGUAGUGGAGAUCACCGUAUGAGCUCUGAAUUACUUUGGAACAUCAAUACUCGACGGCCUCCACAUCUGUGAAGGCUACGUUAACCCAGAACAAGACCUACAGGUUUAGGAGCAUCAGGACUCUGUAGUUGGAGUCACAGCAUAUGCUUAAUAUCACUUGUCUGUGAACUCUCACUCUUUCAACGAAGAAAUGAAAAUCAUAGAUGCUGCAUCCUCAGUUUUAAGCAUAAUGCUGAACAACAUCUACAAGUUUAGGAGCAACAUCUGCUGCCAUCCAGACAAAGACUUUUUCAGGGAAUCUCUUCAUAUUUCAGUCGAACCAGACUCUGCAGGGAUUACAACAUGCGACGUUAAGGAAUAAUAAGAUAAUUAGGUCAUUUAUGAAUUUCAAAAUAUGAAAAUAUCUAUGUUUAAUUAGAGAAACAUUUGAGUAAAUAAACUUUAUAGGAAGACAGUGAUUAUUAAAAUGACGACAAAGCACUGUAAGCAUUUUUGAGCAUUUAAACCCCCUCCUGACGACACCUGCCGAGCAAUCAGUCUGUCUUUUUCAUGAGAAAAAAAGUGAUAGAAAGUGAACCUAGUAUAUACAGUCUAUGUUCGGGACAGUCUGCGUUAUCUCUGCUGGGGGUAAGUCGGUCUCCUGUUCGCGCCACUUGCAUUUCCAUCAGUACAUGUGUUAAUAGUGCAUAAGAAGUGUAAAAACCACGACAGUUCAUCACACAAAGUGUUUCUUAUAAGAAACGUUUAUAGUUUGUUUUGCUGUGUGGCUUUGAUAAAUAAUACUGGACUUAAAAACGGCGCGACUAGCUUAGCCGUAGCUAGCCGCUGAUGAGCCAUGAUGUACCUGUUUCAUUCAUUGUGUGACUCUUGUAUUUUAUGCUGGAGCGAAUUGCGUGUCAGAUUGCGUGUUUAUGAUAUUAGCUUUCAUUGUACCCCCCCAAAACUUAAGUGUUUGAGAGCUGUGGACAAAGUUUCUUGGUCACAGCAAUAUUACAGCUAAAACAUUUCACAGAAGACUUUUUUCACAACCGGCAUCAAAAAAAGAAAGAGAGAUGGUCUUCGCCACCAAAUUACAUCUGAAGUGAUAGACGCUGUGCCUUCAAUCAAGACAACAUCACCAAGUUGUCAGCCUGCCACUUUACCGGUAAGUCAUUUUCUUCUGUCCAGUGCUAAUAAUUC